GGUCAUGCCCUGCACGAUCAAGAUCCGGCUCGUCGAGGCCCGGGGGCUCCCGGUGGCCGACCGCGCGACCAAGGUCGCCGACGCGUAUGUGGACAUCACCUUCGCGUCGUUCGAGGCCCGGUCGAGCGUCUCGCGCAAGUCGCUGACGCCCCGCUGGGACGAGGAGUUCCGCUUCGACGUGGCCGACGAUGCGGUCCUCCAGAGCCAGCCCAUCAUGUUCAAGGUCAUGGACCACGACGUGUACACGACGGAUGCGACGAUCGGCGCCGUGUACGUGGACCUCAACUGCAUCCUCAUGAAGGACGGCUGCUCCGUGCAAGGCUGGUACCCGAUCUACGACACGCUUCUCGGCGUGCGCGGUGAGCUGAGCCUCGUGAUCCGCCUCCACUACUUUGGCGACAUCAACCCGUUCCGCGAGAGCAGCGCGGGCGUCCAGUUCUUCUCACUCUCGACGCUCGACCCGGAUAUCUUUACGAUGCACAAGACGCUCGGCUUUGUCGAGGAGCUCGUCGUGCACGCCGACCCCGAGUACUCGUGGAGCGACAGCUUUCGCACGUCACGCAAGAGCAACGAGUACCGGCAAAUGCUGCUCUACAAGCUCUCGUCCCAAGUCUCGACCAUGGUCGGGAAGAAGGCCAUGGAGCUCGGCGGCAACGCUGUCCUCGGCUACCGCCAGUUCUUUGACGUCGAAGGCGACAGUGGCAUGGUCGCGCGCGCGUGCGGCACGGCGUGCUUCAUCUUGCCGACCGAGAAGAACCCGCCGCCGCCGCCGGACGGACCGACCGUCGUCGCCACGUCGUCGCAGUCGAGUCUUGGCUUGGGCACGAUCGAGCACGACGUCGAUGUGCUCCUCUCGGGUCUCUAUGGAAAGCGAUCGCUCAACAACGACGACGCGCAAACGCCAAGCCUCGAGUCGACAUCGGGCCCGGCGGCGUCGCCGUCACUCGCGGCCAUCGAACCUGCGUCCUCGUCGCCGCGUCUACCGACCAUUAGCCUACGCAAAGCGUUUUGGAAGACGAAGAAGGACAACUUUGAGCUCGGCGCGCACGACGAGGUCCAACUCUGGACGAUCAAGUCGUUUACGCCCGACGCUCGCUUGCGCUUUGGCGGGAUCGUCACGGCGCGAUCCGUCAAGUUUCUCGGUCGCAUGGCCACCAAGCUCGUGGACCAAGAGACACGGGACUCGUGGUGGAUGGAGCUCCGGGAAGAGGUCCGGUCGCACGCGCAGUCGCUGCAGUGCUCGCACGUCGUCGGGUACAUCGAGUCGUGCACGAUCCAUGACGACGUUUGCGUUCUUUCGGCCACCGGCACCGCCGCGGUGGUCAAGUACGGUCCGAAGCGUCACCGUGGGCUCCUCAAGGCAUCGACAGACGAGCUCAGCGACCAGUCGCCGUCCCUUCGCCCGACGCCGGCCCCGCGCCGCCGUGGCAACGCACCGUCGAUCCAAGACUCGCCGUGCUUUGUGUGCCACAUUCCGUACUCGCGCUCGCUCGCGCCCUUCUCCAACAUGCGCAUGGUGCGCUGCGGCAUCUGCGGUCGCAAGUGGGUCCCCGAAAUGCUCUUUUCGUCCACCGAGCCGCCCAGUGGCAUGGCGCUCACCGGGUCCGGUGCGUUUAUCCAAGCCCGUGUCUGCCGGCAGCGUCGUCGCGGCGCGGGCGACGUGAACGCAACGAUCGUCUCGGAAGCGCUUCCGUUCCUCGAGUACGAGCUCCAUCGCCAGCUCAUGGCCAAGAUGCGUGUGCUUGGCGUCAACUCGCUCUUUGGCUUCGAGUCCCAAGUGCAGAUUAGCGGCUCGUUUGUCAUUGGCAUCAUCACGGGCACGGGCAUGUACCUCCCGGCGCUGCCGCUGCCGCAAGUGCUGCGCAUUACGCGCAACAUUGACGUCAAAGACGACGAAGACCGCCGCCUUGUGCAGCUGCAGUCGCAGAUUGAGCGCCUCAGCAACCAAAACCGCGCCGCCAUGAAGAAGGAUGCAGUGGGCACGAUCGCCCCCGAGUUUGCGACGUGGAAGCAGCGCCCGCUCUUUGAAGACGACGCGCCGGUCAAGCGUCGAUCGCGCAAGGGCCGCGCCAUGCGUCUUUCGCGCGGCGACUCGGAGGCCGACCCGUCGGUCCUGCGCAAGACGCCGCAGUCGAGCAACGUGAGCCUCGACGAGAGCAACGGCCUCGACGACGACAAGGACAACAAGUCGUCGUCGUCGUCGUCGUCGUCCGACUCGGAGGAAGACUUUAACCCGGACGGCUUUAGCGAUACCAAGCACCCGUUCGUCCUUGAGAUUGAUGACGAGACGGACGAAGACUUGAUGUCGGUCUUGCUCGAGCAGCCGCUGCCCGAAGGCGUCUCGAUCUACAACACGGACCGGCUUCCCGGCGCGUCGUCGCCCGGGCGCAACAUCCACCUCUUCCUCUCCAUGAAGCGCGUCGAGUGGGACGAGGAGCACAUGCGGGACACGCGCCUCAACGUGCUUUUUUCCCAAGUGUUUAAAAACCUCUUUGCGAGCAUCCUCUUCAAGCUCCGAGCGUUUGCGCCGUGCGUCGUCUGCGGCCUCAAGACCCGCGUCGCCCUCGCAGGCGAGAACAUUAUUGAGGUCGUUCUCAUGGGCAUGGCGAUGCUCGAUGGGCAUGAAAACUCGUGUGACGACGACGUGGUCAUCCAGAGCCUCAACUUUCCCGUGCCCGAGGACGACGAAGAUGCGUUCCAUGCGGCCAGCGACGGCAACAACGACGACGAGAACGAAUCGGACGAGACGGCGCGCCGGGCGCUGCGUCUUCAGAUCCAGCAGCACCGCCCAUCGUCGUCGUUCAUCUCGGUCGGGUCGCCGACAGGCCGUCCAAUGAGCCCGCUCUCGAAUGCGCAUCCCAACCCGUUCCACCAGAGCUCGAGUGCGCGCGAGUGGAUUGAGCUCACGCCGCUUUCGUAUGUGCCCGGUUCCAAGAUCCUCCGCUAUCUCGGACGCAUCACGCUGCACUUUAUCAAGGAGAGCUGGACCGUCCGCGAGCUUGGUGGCCUCGGCGCCUUCUUCCACCUCUUCCUCAGCGAAGCCAUCGCUGUUGUCCGUGCGCAUGUCCGUGCGCUCGGUGGCAAUGCGAUGCUGAGCUUCCGCCUCGUGCCGAUCGAGUCGAGCCAGCUCUACCGCAACCAAGUCUACAACAUGAUCUCCGUGACGGGGGACGCGGUGCUUCUUGAGCGUGACCAGAGUCCGCUGCCGGUCGGAUGGUACACCAACCAAGCGUCGCGGGCCCACCCGCACCUCGAAUUCAUCGCGAAACUCGACGCGCGCAACCACGGGGCAUAGGAGACAACUACAUGUCUUUAAACCAUUGCAGACACCUUGAAGC